UCACCACCCUUAAAAUAAACCUCAGUGUCCUCUUUCCUCCUAUCACCAAAUCUCACACAUGCACACAAAAUUUCCCUCUUUCUCUGCUCUAACAUGUUUCUCUGCUUCAAUGUUCCCCUAUAAAAGUACAUCGUAGUAGUAGUAGUGUGCACUGACACUUAAUUAGAUUGUACAUAAUGGAGAAGGAGGAGAACUUAACCUACCCACAAAGAAAAAGAACCCCUUCUUUCUCUUCCACCCUCUUAGAUGCCAUAUACCGUUCAAUUGACGGAUCAAAAUCCGACCUUGACAAUCAUCAACAAGUGGGUCAUCAUCAUCAUCACUUGAAUGAAGAAAAAACCAACCCAACCACCACCAUGAAACAUAACCAUGGUGGGGUUGGGGGUGGGGGUGGUGGAGGCAACAACAAGAACAAGAACAAGAACAAGAACAAGAACAAGAAGGAGAAGAUGAUGAAUAAUCAUCUUUGUCGUCACGCAGUGAUGCUAAAUGAUGAAUUCUCUCAUCAAAUCUUCACGAACUCUGUCACCUCAUCAGCCUCCUCAGAAUGUAGCUAUGGUGUUGGUGCAACAUUUUCAUCAUCAUCGUCAAAGCAGCAGAGGAAGAAGAAGAAUAAAAAAAAGCAGCAGAAGAAGAAGGAAAAGCGUGCUGGUGAUAGCGAUGGCGAUGGUGAUAGUGAUAGAUUUGCAAGGAGCAAGCUAAGAGCAUUGAAAAUGUACGGCGAAUUGAACCGGAAAGUUAAGCAACCAAUCUCUCCGGGAAGCCGAAUAGCUAACUUCCUAUGUUCAAUCUUCAACUCUGGAAGCGUGAAGAAGGCCAAGAAGAUGUGUUACGUUGGAGCAGUUGAUGAUGUAAACUUAACAUUCCAACACAAAUCCAAGUCCCCAUGUUUUUCUUCUUCAUCAUCAACAACAACAAUGGCGGCGGCUUCGUUUUCAAGAAGGUCUUGCACGAGCAAAACCUCAUCAUCAUCUUCAUCAAAAGCGAAGAACGACAAUAAUAAUAAUAAUGGAGACAAAAGAUCUGUGAGAUUUUACCCAGUUAGCUUAAUUCUUGGGGAGAAUGAUUCUCAACAACAGAGGUACAGUGCUUAUAGUGAGAAAGAUCCAAGCUUGUUUUCAUUGAAUGUUAGAAAGAUUACAAGAAGUUCUACUUCUUGCAUAGAAGCAAGAGAAAAUCAUUCUUCACGUGAAGGUAAUGAUGGUAAAUUCGAGUAUAUUAGUGGAUAUUAUGGUAAUUGUCAAGAUGAGGAUGUGGACCAGGAUGAGGAUGAGGAUGCUUUGAGUUAUUCAAGUUCUGAUCUGUUCGAAUUAGAUCAUAUUAUUUGUGGAGCUGAAGGAAGGUAUUUCAGACAGAGGUACUUCUCACAGAUAUUACAAGCUAUAGUUUCACUAGUACUAUUUGGAGAGGAUUCAUCCACCAAGGGUUGAGUUGUUUACUUAGUUUGUAUUGGUUGGUAGGGUGAAUACAAGGGAAAGAUUGUGUAGAUUAGGUAUUAUUGACCAGAAUGAUAACAUGUCUGUUUUAUGUCAUAAAUUUGUUGAAACUGCUUUUCACUUGUUCAUUAGUUGUAAGCUCACUUGGCAGGUGUGGUGUGCUUAGUUGUUCGCUCUUGGAAGGAUAUGGACUAAUCCAGGUAUGCUCAAGCGACACUAUGAAAGUUGGACAAAUAUAUCAGCGAAAAAGAUGGAACGGAAGCGGUGAUUAGUUGGUUUUUUUGCGGUCAUCUGGACAAUUUGGCUAGAACGAAAUGAUAGAAUCUUCAAAAAUCAAGGUUCAA